UUUUUUAUUAUGUGCUUUUUGUCAUUUCAGAUUGAAAACAAUGAAUUCACCCUGCAUACUGAAAGUUAUCCUGGUGGAUAACACUAGCCAGAGGCUAAUACUUUCAAAUGGACUUCCUCAGUCUGUUCCAGAGCUGAUGGAGGAAGUGCAACGUCAGUGUGGACUGACAUACAACCUCAAAUUACAAUUAUGGAUUCACUCUUUGACAAUGACUUUAUUAAUCUGACAUCAACAUCUGAACUACAAAACAGAGGCACAAUUAAGGUAGUUGAUCUCUCCGAAGUUGGGUUUUCCCAGUCUUCUUCCUUAACCGCUGGAUGUGACCACAAGCUGUAGAGAAAAGAUCAGCUUCAAGUUUUUCUGGUGUGAGCUGUCCUGACAUAGAGCACCUUCCUCCUGCCGAGUCUGAGCAGUCACUUUCAAGGUUGCAAUGGCCAGCCAAGUUUUGUGUGCCAAAGUUUGCAUUUGAUUCUGAGUUCAAACUUGAAAAAGCUAAUGCUGAAUACAGGGAGAUAAAAACACUUCUUAUCCCAGACUGUAAAUUACUGUCAAACAUUCUGGAUUGUCUUAUUCAAGAAAUUGUUUGUUAUGGACUAUACAUAACUGAUAACCAGUUCAGCUGCGUGGGAGAGGCCCUCAUCAAGAAGCAUCCUUGUCUGCUAGAGCGAGGUUCAAUAACUGGAUACGCUGCACUGUAAUUCCCAAUAGUGCUUCUUACUAAAAUUAUGUCAGUUAUUUUCACUCACUUUAGCUAAAUAGUUAUACUUACUUUUAUACAAUUAGUUAAAACCCCAAACUAACAGUGUGAUGUUAAAACUCAUUCAUAAUUAGUAUAAUUGUGUUUAUCUUUUCUUUGGAGUAAUGUGCUUUUAAACUGUUUAAGUUGAGGUCGCUCAUUUCAAACAAAAAAAUAACCCCUCCCUUUUGCUUUUCCUACGUCAUCACUGAGCCUUGCACACGGAGAUGCUAACACAGCUCUGGGUGCUAUGCCACCGACAACAGCAGCGCCAGCGGCCAUUAGAGGCAUUUUUCGGCACGGAGGAGAAUUUUAACCACAUUGCCAGAAUUACAAGUGUUUUGACUGAAGAAGCUGCGCACAAGGAGAGAUCAUCCACUGCUUUUCAUCACCUAAAAACGGCCAGUGAAGGUGAUAUAAAACACCUAAAAACGGCCAGUGAAGGCUUCCCACCUGACCUCCUGCACGACCUGUUUGAAGGCGUUGUUCCAGUGGAGAUAGCUCAUUGCUUAAAAGGUUUGAUUUCCAGUAAAUAUUUUACAUUAGAAGACUUAAAUCGAGCAAUAUUGCACUUUCCAUAUCAACAUUCUGACAAAGUUGAUCGCCCUCAUCCAAUACCCACUAAUUUUGCCAGUCGAGGGACCAUUGGUGGGAAUGCUCAUGAAAAUCAUGCCCUGCUUAUAAUGUUGCCUCUUCUCAUUGGCUCAAAAGUCCCAGAAAGAGACACGUUUUGGGAAGUGCUAAUGGAGUUAAAGGAUGUCGUUCAGCUUGCCAUGUCUCAGAUUUUUAAUGAAGAGACCAUUCAGUACUUGGCUUGUAAAAUAUUGGACCACCGGCAACUCUUCCAAGAAGUGUUUCCUAAUGUUCGAUUAAGGCCAAAGCAUCAUUACAUCGAGCAUUACCCACACUUGAUAAAAUGCUUUGGUCCCUUGGUCCACCUUUGGACAAUGAGAUUUGAGGGAAAGCAUAAGGUUUUCAAAAAAAUUAUUCAUGACACUCACAACUACAAAAAUGUGUUAAAAACUUUGGCAGAGCGACAUCAAAGUCAGAUGGCAUUUUAUUUGUCAUCCUCAAAGUUUUUCAAACCACAUGUUCAGACAUCCAAAAUGGAGUCUAUGUACAUCUCAUCACUACCUGCAGAUACACAAUCAUUUAUCUCAGGUAUUGUUGACAGUGACACAGUUUAUGGAACAAAAAAUAUCUCAAUUGAUGGCACAAGCUUUGCAAUUGGCAUGUUUGUAUGUACUGGUGCUUAUGCAGCCUUGCCAGAGUUCAAAGAGAUUCGAAACAUCCUACUCAUCAGCGACAAAAUGCAUUUUCUCUUAAAAGACUACGACACUUUGUAUGUUGAGCACUUGAGGUCAUACGAACUAGUCGAGCAUAUACCGGAGAGUCAUAGUGUCAAAUCUGUGUGCCAGCUGUCUGACCACCUGCCACAUUUUGCUUAUAAGAUUGCAAAUGAACUAAUUCUAACAACAAAACAUUUCAUUCCAGUGUCUGACUAA